AUGUUGAAGGAUUUGGUUAGAGAAAAGCUCUUGACAAUUAUGAAUACGAAAGCGUAUACUCAGUUCAAUCCAGAACAAUUACUUCAACUAGAAAAUGAAGUGAAAAUUUAUAUGAAAAGUGGAGACUCUGCACUAACAGAGGGAAAUUAUUUCUUCUUGAUGGAAAUGCUUUUCUAUGUUUUGGUGUACCGCAACCAAGACGUCGAUGCGCAAGUUGUUUAUAAUACCCUGAGAGACCGUCUUGGUGAAAUUUCGUAUAAAAUGGUAAUUAUGAAGGCCACUUUAUUGCAGAUAAAUGGAGACGAUAAAGGCGCUAUUGAAUACCUGGAAAAUCUGUUGAAGGAUGAUCUAGAGUAUGAAACGGAUUUCGUUACCUAUGUCUCUAUCGCCAAGAAAUUAAUAGCUAUUAAGACAAGUUCCAGGAAUUUGAGCCAAGAAAGUAUCCUUAAAGAAUUGGUUGCUCUUACAGAUAAAUUUCCCCUUGACGCAGAACUGUGGUGGUAUGCCAGUGAGAUUUAUUUUGAAAUGGGCCAAUUUGAAAAAGCCCGUUAUUGUUUGGAACAGGUCCUGUGUCUGACACCAUUCAAUUACGCUUGUUUUGGUAGACUAAGUGAGACUCUAUAUUACGAAGCUCUGCGUAGCAAAAAACAAGUUAAAGCCGAGCUCUUGAACAAGGCAUUGAAGAACGCUUUGAGAAGCGUUGAGCUUAGCGAAUUAUACCUAAAAGGGUGGGCAUUGGUUAACAUCAUUUCUCGCGAAAUGGGACGCACUAAACAGAAUGACUUGAUUAAACUAUCUGCAUCUAAGCUAACAGAAAUUUCCACGAAGUCUAACAAUAGAGAUAAGAUCACCGCUGAACUAAUUUUAAAUAAAAUAUGA